AUGCAUGAGUUCCGAUGGCCGCUAUUAGGUGUCAUCAUACCCGUGUUGAUCAUAGGAUUUACCGCAUAUGGUUCACAUUACUUUAUACUUCGUCAUCAUUUGUCAACCACACAACAAGUCAUCUAUGAAUGUUUCGCAUCCAUGAUUUGGAUUUCCUAUAUUAUGGCAAUCUACACGAGUCCUGGGCAUCCGCCAAAAGAUUAUACUCCGAAAAAGGGUGAAUGGAAACGAUACUGUACUAAAUGUCAAAGCUAUAAACCACCCAGAACACAUCAUUGUUCGAAAUGCAAUAGGUGUAUCAUGGAAAUGGACCAUCAUUGUCCGUGGACCCUUAACUGUGUUGGCGCAAACAAUCUCCCUCAUUUUAUGAGAUUCCUCUUUUGGGUUAUUGUGGGAACCGCUUAUUUAUUUGUGCAAUUGUGUGAGCGUAUAGUUGGAUACUACGAUGAUCUGGAUAAGCCAAUGUAUCUCAUAAAGAGAUCGGAAUUGGUUGCUGUGGUUGUAUUCACUCCAAUCGACUUGUUCAUUUUGUUGAGCAUUACAGUGUUGUUUAUUCGAUGUUUGAUCAACAUUGGUAAAGGCAUGACUCAAAUUGAGAUUUGGGAAUGGGAUAGAAUCGAUAGCCAAUUUUAUAGCAAGAGGCUAUGGAAAUCGAUAAGAUUAAGCUAUAAGCAGUCGUAUGGGAAAGAAUUACCCCAGUUGACUACUUGGACUAACAGAGCUCCCGUCAACGACGAUGAUGCAUUGCCCAUGGAAGAAAUGAAUCAACAUGAGAUUAAUGAGAUUGGUGAAGGUGAGGCUUUAGACGGCGUGGCAACCGAAUCUCAACUGCGUGGAGUUGAGUCAGACGCAACUGCUCAGCAAGAGUUCAAUAACGAUGACGAUGACGAGGAUGAAGAGGAUAUUGUGCCCCAGAACUUUACCAUUGAUGAUUUGAUGUUUCCCUACGAUUAUGGGGUUUGGGGCAACCUAAAGCACUUUUUGGGCUCUCCGUUUAUGUGGUUGGUGCCAUGGGGCAAGCCCAAGGGGAAUGGAUACGAUUUAGAACCGUCUUCAGACUACAAGGAGGAUGAUCAAUUGGGACUCCCUUGGCCACCAGACGGAGGCAAUCAAAAUAUAACAAUAUCACCUCCUAGCGAUGACGAAUUGAAGAGAGGCAUCCGCAAUUAUUCCCAGUUGAAGAAACAAUUGGACCCGAGAAGCAAUGCCAAACGAAGUAGUUGGCAUAAUGACACGGGAGAAAGGUUGCUUGAUUAUGGUGUGUAUGUUGACGACUCUGAUGAUGACAAAUUAUGA